AUGCGCAGCAGACCGCGUACGACAAUUGGGUCCAAUCCACACAGCAACUCCAAACGCACCCGCUCUACCAGCAACACUACGGAUGCAGCCGCUAAUAGUACUAGUAACGAUAGCAAGACCAACGAUGGUAACGACAGCGACCACACAGCAGCACGUACAGGGGAUAGGGGGGACGAUUCUAACCACGUGACAGACGAGGAUAUCAUGGCUUUGCUGAGUACCCACCACGCCACAAGCAGUGCGACGUUAGGAAUGCAGAAGAUGAGUAAAGUUGAGGCGAGCCAAUUGGAUGCGAGAGCACUGUCCGGUUGGAGGCUUCUGAUUGGUCAUCCGGCCGCGGUGGAUGUCAACGAUGCCAACAGCCUGACUAUCACACCGGCCAUCUUUGAAACACUCCGCACACAACGCAGAGAGCAACUACAUAGCAGUGGGAGUGGGAGAAGGGCGCAGGCACGCAGCGCUGAGGGUAGUACAAACGAGAGCCUUACGCAUGUGGGGGCUGUGCGUGGACCUACAGAUACGACCGCAAAUGUGCUCAAACGCGUGAGGUUGUUCUAGAUGGUGCGGCAAAAUAAAUAAAUAUGUUUGAACGU